CCCGCCCUGAGCGCCCUCCGCUCCCGUUCCAGGCGUUCAUUCCCGGUCAUGGAGCCCAGGCAGGCGGACGUGUCCAUCCCGCUGCAGUCCUCCGGGUGGGGCGCGGCCGCCCCCGGCCCCCGCUCGGACCCGCAGCCCCGGGACUACGUGCUCUGGUCGGUGUUCAAUGUGCUGCUGUGGUGCGCGCUGGGCGGGCUGGGCUGCUGCGGCUUCCCCGCCCUCGUCUACUCCAUCAAGGCCCGUGACUGUAAGCUGGUGGGGGACGUGGAGGGUGCCCGGCGGCACAGCCACCGCGCCAGGGUGGCCAACAUCAUCUGCUCCGUGGGGGUCGCCGCCGCCUUGGUGAUCUUCAUCAUCAUCGCCGUCAUCGUCAUGUCCAAGCUCAGGGACACCUGAGCAGCGCCUGGCCCCAGCCGCGGGGUGCUCCCCCCCCUCCUCCUGCCUCCAAAAUGUGCCCGCGAGGGGAGUGGCCCCGGUCCCCCCGCUGUCCCCAGCGCCGGGGUCCCCGCACAGCCGCGGGAGGGGACGGCGCGGCCAGGCUGGGGCGUGGGGACAGGGGACAGCCCCCCACGCCCCCCGUGCUCUGCUCACACGCUUCCCGGCACCUGUGACACACCUGGCGGUCACCGCUGCCGCCGAUGAAGCUCGUCCCGCCAGCCCCGCCGCUGUCACCUCCUUCACCGCGGGACGUCGCAGGGAGUCCCCGGGCAUCUUUGUGGCGUCCUCCUCCUCCUCCUCCUCCUGCUCCUCUCCCUCCCUCCCUCCAUCCUGCCGCCGAGCAGGGCGCUUCCAGCCCAAAUCCCAGGGAAGUUUCUUCCCGACAUCUUGGAUGUUAUGGAUACAUAGCGUAAUAUUGGCUUUUGGCAAACAUUAAACUGGAUUUUAUACCUGUAGCGUCAAAGUAACUUUGUUAUAAAGACACGGUUUUUAUUUCUGCUGUUAAUUAAGUUUGGAGACAGUAGUAAAACAGCUAAUAUAAGCAUGCUUGUGUUAAACUGCCCGCUUAGAUGAGAUAACAUCCAAUAAACACAUAAAAAAAGA